AUGUCUCCGCCAGAGGAGUUAGGUGCCGUGGGCAUAGAUGGUGCAAUGGAACAACCAGCAACUUACACGUACACUUUGCGGAUACCUGCUAGUAGGAUUGGUGAUCAUAAGUUGCAUUACGAACGUCUUUUGAGAGAUAACACCACUAAUGAUUAUAAACAACUGUCUACCAUUACAAAGGAGGCUGUUGAUCGUUUGGUAAUGCAAUCCGACUUUCGUGACAUUUAUCAUGGUGUGCAGCUGACGGCGUUUUCACCAAUCGUUGGCAUAAUUAAACAUAUGGAGAUUAAAGCAAACGUUGAGCCGACAGGAAUAUCAGCUAAUUUCCUACUACAGAUUCCUUUGAUGAAGACUUUUCCCUAUAACUAUUGAUCUAUUUUCUAUCUUAUCCUCACUACUAGCACUUACACCAUCAGCAUCACACUUACUAGCUGCCCUCCUCAUAUUUUCCGCUGCUGUGAAGUUCCCCGUCCAUUUAUGCCAUAUUCCCAUUUUUCCGUAAGUACAGAGAACGAAAUGUCACUCCAGCAAGUGAAGAUAUGAGUUACUGGAUUCCUUGAGUUAUAGUAUACGGCAGGCCGCACUUGACACAUAUCACCAAUUGAAUUGGUGACGGACAGAAGGAGUUGCCAGACGCGGAGGAUGUCCUCUGUGCAGACACCUUUAGUGGUCCAGAAGUGUCCAGACUUUGGUGAUUCCUGUCAUUACUGUCAAUAGCAAUAGCCUCUACCAGGCUAUUUGAAUGCAAUCCGUUUUCGAACCCCAAGUCCAAUUCGCUCACUGACCUAAAACGGGCGCGAUUUUUUUUGUCCACACUUUUCGUCCUCAUACAUUUUUAUUUCCUCCCCAUAAUCUUCUGUAUUAUCUCGUAAUCUGACUCCACUGUUUUAAGGUGCCUUAGCAAUUCCGCUUCAAGCAGCAAAUAGUCAAAGUUCUUGUCAUCUUCAUGGCCUUCUAUUAUUUGCCAUUACCAUUACAGCACAUUGCCAGUCAUCAAAGAGUAGAAAUCGGAGGAUGAAGAGUUGACAUUGCGAAAUAUAAUAUUGAGCUCGCUUUGCCCCUACUCGAAAUAUAAUAUGGAACUUUACAAAGGUGUUCUUCUUCGACUUCGGGCAUUAGAGCCCUGUUCAACUUUUUCGCAAAACUAAUACUGCACUCCAAGUUGUUUGGAACGGGACUACAGUAGCCACAGCUCAAAAAAUGUGGGUGCGAAGUCCACAGCACGCUUUAUCCCGGUGUCGAUUUGAUUAAAAAAUGACCUAGCAACUUGAUUCUCCAGGGCCUUCGUUACACUCCUAAUAACUAUCCUAUUGUCAAGUAUACCAAAGCCAACACGGUCUCUUCUUUCACUCACUGCCUUUUUAUUCAUACGGUUAAAUGACAUGGAACGCUACAGGUCGAAUCUUAAAUCAGCAGAAAUAUAAAUGCAGCGGACAAACGCAAAAACAAAUGCGAGGGGUGUGCCAAAC